AUGAGCGACUCUGAUGACUAUUCAUACAUAGAAUGGUGCUUCAAUGGAGCUGCUGCUGUGCUCCCUUUGCCUCUGUGUGAACUGCUCUUCUUUCCAGUGUUAUAUUGUGAGCAUUGGUUCUUAUUUGUUGUUGAUUUGAAGCAAAAAAUGUUUCUAUUUCUUGAUUCUUAUUUCUCCAAGGAUGAUGAUUAUUCAGUUCUCACAAGAAGGAAACUUAUACCCAGGUUUUGUCAUGCAUGGGAUAUGUUUGUUGGUUCUAAUGUUGAUUUUCAACAUUUCAAGAUUGCGUACCCUGGUGUUCCCAAACAGAGCAAUACAGUUGAUUGUGGAGUGUUUGUUAUCAAAUUUAUGGAGAUAUGGCAUUUUGGAGCUGAUCUACGCAAGGACUUCUCAGCUGAAGAUAUACCCAAUAUCCGGAUUCAAAUUGUCAACGAUCUUCUAAUGAGUGAGCACAACAAGGCUGAUAUAGUGGUUGUUACUAAUUUUCAUGGUCAGGUUUGACUCUCCACACAUCAGGAAGCAGCCCACAAAGCUGUCGGCUAGCAUUUCUUACACAAAUAACACAUUGUAUUUUUGUGACCAAAAAAUACCGCUGUCUUGUUAUUAGUUGAUAUAGUGUCCUAGACAAAAAAACUUACGAACUUUGGGCUCGAAACCAUUGUAAAAGCUUACAUAUUACAUACAUAGCAAUCUAGUACAAUCUAUGAGAAAUUCAUCGAUAACUA